AUGAAUCGAGAAGAGCACUAUUACGCCUCAGCGCAGCUGUUCAAAGACCCUUGCGCCUUCCAGCGACCCCAGAGCGAGGACUACAAUCACAGUCCGCCACCAUGUCUCUACAUGGGCAGACAGGCCCAGUCCAUCUACACUACGCCGACCAUAGGCGUUUUGGAGCAGGCGAGCAUUCCUGACAUUGGUCCUUACAGCAUGCCCAUGCGGGACGAUCCGGGAUUACCCCAGCUCCACCAUCCUCAGACGCCCCACCAGGCUCUUACUACGUCAAGUGCUUAUGGAGAGCCCGGGGACCUGGCUCUAUGUGGCGAUAGAAACCGAUACCACCUCCCUUUCCCUUGGAUGAAAACUACCAAGUCUCACGCACACACCUGGAAAGGACAAUGGCCAGGGCCUUAUAUGAUGGAGACAGAAGAGAACAAGCGCACACGGACAGCGUACACGCGCGCACAGCUGCUGGAGCUGGAGAAAGAGUUUCUCUUCAACAAGUACAUUUCCCGACCACGUAGGGUGGAACUGGCUCUGACCCUGAGCCUCACCGAGCGACACAUAAAGAUCUGGUUUCAGAACAGGAGAAUGAAGUGGAAGAAGGAAGAGGACAAGAAGCGGGUGCGAGGGAUGGACCCUGACCAGGAUUCCUCCAUCACCUCUGGGGAUCUGAAGGACGAGGCCAGCCUCGGGGUCACCAUGGGAGCCUCCUCCACCGCUGCUCCCAACACCUCUCCCUCCUCGCCCCUACACAGUCGUACUCACCCAGGCUCCAGAGACCAAGCCUAGCUUCAGAAAAGAUUACUGGGAGAGUGGCACUUAUUCUGUAAACU